AUGUAUAUCUAUUAGAUGUAUGCACUGUAUCUACUAUGUAUAAUACACUACGUCCUUUAGGUGAGUCUAGCCUGAAAGCAAAGGCUGUAAGUACCCACGGAAAAGGCCUAGACAUAUACCAUAGGGAAAGUAUGACCUGCAGAAGGUACUCCUUGCUAGCGUACUUACGCUUGAAGUAACUGCCCCGCAUCUAGCGUGGUUAACGGUCCUUGUUUCCACCUAGAAGGGCGCCUCACGUAGCCUUCGCGUUGAUUCCAAACUUCACCACCGCAAUCGCAUACUUCUCAAACUUCAUCUUCUCUUCUUUUGGCCACUGCGUUUUUUCAAUCCUUUUCCUCCGCCACUCAUAAAAAUCCAUACUAAUCGCGUUGAGCGCAGCAGGCCUCUACACUCGAGUUUCCCUACUGCCAUAUCUCGUUCUCGAGCGAUUAGUACACUGGUAUCUACACUGCCCACCAGAGAGUCGAUAUCUCUUAAACGGACGGCACACUAGACUUAGAUCGUCCUCUGAUAUCCCCACAAGCACCGCCUAUUACGCCCACGAUGUCCGGAGAGAACGACAGCGGAAGCCCUGCUGCGGAACGACAGGACGCACCUGCCGGCAGCGAACACCUUAACAUCAAGGUGACGGACAACAAUAACGAGGUUUUCUUCAAAAUCAAGCGCUCUACUAAGCUCGAGAAGUUGAUGACGGCCUUUUGUGAGCGUCAAGGCAAGGUCGUCGAUUCCGUGCGCUUUCUGUUCGAAGGGCAGCGGGUUCAAAAGAGCGAUACACCCGAUUCGCUGGAGAUGGCCGACGGUGACACCUUGGAAGUUCACCAGGAACAGGUGGGAGGUGUCUGCUACCGCUGAUAUUGCCAACAUUACUAUGAUUGACGGAUCGAUCUCGCCGUUGGCAUGAUAUAUGGAUGGAAUAUGGAUUUGGAACGGGAGGAUUCAAAGGGUUCGCCGUAUCCCCGAUUUAAGUCAGGUGACAGUAGAAGCAACAGGGACGACUAUGAACGAGGUCUCUCGCCCCCAAGGGUUCUUUGCGUGUCCUCGGUAUCCCCCUCGCUCUGCCCUAAGUUGGAGAGCAUCUAUCAUGUAGAUUCUUGCUUUAUGAGUCUUUCAGAGGUACUGUCUUCUAUUAAUCGAGGUGGCGGCUGAUCUCAGAUUAGAGCUGCGUUUGUUCUUCCUAUAUUUUCGUCUUUAUAUCUCCAACUAUUUGCGGAGUUAUCUGUCGUUUUCUGCUCGCUUUUUGCUGUCCUAUACAUGCUUAGAGUCUAAGCAGCCAUAACAAAUGGAGGAAACAAAUCUACUAUUUCCAACCCUAUCUCUUAACUUUGUAAUUGAAGGUUUCUACGUUUUCGAGAACAAGAGCAACACGACUAUAUCAAUCGGUAGGAAGUCAAUUGGAAGCCCAAGAUUAUCGAAACGGGAGGUGAUCCUAUAGUCUCAGAUAAUUGAUCGAGCAGGAGAGAUAUUAAGAAGAGGAUGAAAUGAAAAAUCAAGGUGCAAAAAAAAUACUUCAUGGCAUAUCACAUCACAAAACCACAUAAGACCGUA